AUCUCACAAAGUGCAAAACCGUUUAAAAUCGUAACCGCGUAUCAUAUAUCGCUUUAAUUGGACCUACGAGAACAUCAUGGACAUACCUUUAAAAAGAUCGCGGUUGCACCUUGAUAUUGCAGCAACGGAGCAAUAUAUGGGCGUCUUUAAAUCGGUACUGAACCAUGAUUAUUUAAGAAAUAAUCAGUCUACGAAUAAUUUCACCAAUGUUUGUCAUACGCGUUAAGAGCUAUAGUUGCGUUUUUAACAACAAGGUGCGAAUUGGAUCUUGCGAAGUGCCUAAUAAAUUUUGAUCGUCUGGUAUUGGUUUUUACGAUUGGAAAAUUAAAGAAUGUGAUCUGGUGCGUAGUAAAUCUGGUGACCGGGUUUUUUUUGGGAAGGUCUGGAGAAGAAACCAUGAAGGCAUUUUUUUUCGUGAUGUGGUAUCUAUGGUAUCACAUUUCUUCAUCCACUCAAGAUUGCACUACAAUAGCAUCGCAUCUGCACUGCGAAAAAAGCUUACCAACUGGAAACUUUCCUGGAAUUACGGAGCUCCAUGUUACGCAUAUAGACUUAAAAAUGUUAGACUUCAAUAGUCUGCAAAGUUCUUUUCCCGAAUUAAGGAAUUUAAGCAUUAUUGGAAGCAAUAUCACACAGCUCGAAAAGAUUGUAAUGCCUAAUAAGAAAAUGGACUUAGAGGUACUACAUCUAUCCUGCCUUCAGAUCUCCUCUCUCUGUGAUACCUUUACAAGUUAUUUCCCUAACUUGAAAGUAUUGAAUAUAUCCGGGAACUUUAUCAGUGAUUAUCCCUUUAAGCAAUAUUUUCUUCCUUCGAUAAAUGCAGUGUACUUAUCAGGUAAUAGAUGGAAUUGCUCAAAAAGCCUGGAUUGGGUAUUGGAACUGAACAGAACCAUUUUCAAGGAUUUGGAAGAACUGAUUUGUUUUAAGAUGCCACACAAUAAUAAACCAAUACUUGCUAUUGCUGAAUUUCGCAAGAUAACAGAAGAAACCUGUACCCCGAACUGUUCCUGUCAUCUAAUAAAGUGCGUUACUGCCAUUGAAACGGGCGUUUUAGAGCCAAUAAUUGAAGUUAACUGUUCAUAUCGGGGAUUUACCGAAUUGCCGGCUACAUUUCCUCCUAAAACAAAGAUAUUGCAUUUAGAGGGUAAUCUUAUUAAGGAUUUAGGACCGUUGAGAACAAAUUGUAUAUAUAGAGAUUUAUUGGACUUGUUCUUAGAUAAUAACGCAAUUUCAAAUCUACACAUCUUAGAGAGCUCCUUUUGGCUCACACAUUUCCGAGUAUUUUCAUUGAGAAACAAUAAGAUAUCAGAGCUUCCCGUUUAUGCAAUAGAUAAUGCCUUACAACAUAACGGGAAUAUGCCAAAUGCUGUAAGAUUGUACCUCGGAGGAAACCCAUGGAGAUGUGAUUGUAUUUUUGCUCCAAGAUUAAAAGAAAUGCUUCAGAAAUAUGCUCCACAAGUGACUGAUCUUCGCGAAGUCAAGUGCUCAGAAAAGUCCGAAAAUCGUUUGAUUCCCGUAAUAGAUUUAUCCCGAAGUGCAGUCUGUCAUUCACCGUCAGAGUACACAAUUCAAGAGGCUUUGGAUCUGCUCAAUGGUGUCUUAGCUUUUUUAAUUGUCUUGGUUUUGGGUAAACUAGCUUAUGACUAUUACCACUUUAAGAAAACCGGAAGGUUGCCUUGGAUAGUCACUAAGCUUCCCUAGCAGUGUGAUUUUUAAUUUUUUGUUAAAUAUAUAUAUAUAGAUAAGUUUACACUGUAAAGAAACAAUGUAGAAACUGAAAAUAUUUAUUUAAUAAAUUAGUAGAUAGUU